AUGAAAAACCAGAUCGCGAGGUUCGAAGACGGUUUCGCCAAGCAAACCGAAAUGCUCAAGGCCCAGCCGAACCUAGGACCUGGCGGUAUCAGGACGGAGCCACUGGGCGCGGUGGACCCCGGAACAGCCGCGUCCCUGGAGAUCAUGUGCAUGCAUGACGACCGAGGAGCAUUCCUUGAUUUUCCGCCUGGACUGAUGCAUCAAGUAUCACUGUCGCCCUGGUCCCUCCCGACACCACCAACCGGAUCAUUCACGCUCGAAGCCAGCAGCGUACCUCCAGCGUACCUAAACAGCUCCCGCGAUCUCCUAAGCCCUCCACCGUCAGACAUAGCCGAGUCCAACGCCUUCAACAUAUUCUCCCUUGUUUCUGCUGUGCCCUGUGCUCCAACCGACGAAUAG